ACAACCGCGCAGUCGCAGUUUGCUGACCUUCCAUGGUACUGGAAGCAUGGCUACCCGGGCACUUACGAAAGGCCUUUUCGGGUUACGAUAUUCACGGGCUGUCACAGUAGCAUCCUCCUGUGGUGGACAUCAGUAUGUGACAGCACCGUCUGUUGAGCCGUCUCAACCGCAGUGUGACGAUGUUACAGAAAAAAUAUUAAACCAGCCCCUUGAGCAGCCAGACUUUUUCCGUGUGUCUGAGCUCUUCUCCUUGAAAGACUUGUUCGACGCCAGAGUGCACCUGGGUCACAAGAAAGGCUGCAGGCACAGGCUCAUGGAGCCGUAUCUCUAUGGCUGUCGUUUGGAUCAUGAUAUUAUUGAUCUGGACCAGACUGUGGAGCACCUUCAGCAAGCCCUCAACUUCACCGCCCACGUGGCAUAUCGCGGUGGCAUCAUUCUGUUUGUCAGCAGGCGGCGUCAAUUUGGCCAUCUGGUGGAGACAACUGCCAAGGAUUGUGGGGAGUAUGCGCACACGCGCUACUGGCAGGGCGGCCUCCUCACCAACGCCAACAUCCAGUACGGCCCCGGAGUCCGCUUACCGGAUCUCAUCGUCUUCCUUUCAACUCUCAACAAUGUCUUUCAGCAGCAUGUGGGCAUCAGAGACGCAGCCAAGAUGAACAUUCCCACAGUGGGCGUGGUGGACUCGAACUGCAACCCCAGCCUGGUGACUUACCCCGUCCCCGGGAACGACGACACUCCAGUCGCCGUGGAGCUGUAUUGUCGUUUAUUUAAAAUGGCCAUCAACCGCGCCAAAGACAGAAGAAGGCAGAUGGAGCUCAUUUAUAGUCUGUCAGCGCCCACCUCACAGAGCUCAUGACAAAAUAAAUAAGAGACGUUAAAAAUGCAUUUCAAGUAAAUUUUGGCUUCUUCCCUCCGUCAUGCUUCUGCACAAAUCCUCUGGUUGAACACAGUGCUGCUGUGCUGUUCUUAUUUAUGCCACACUCUUAAAAUAUGUCUCAAAAUUCACAAUGGAGCAGAAAUCUCUGAUAUGAUAAAGUUACCGUGUUUACAUGGACUGCUAUGAUCUUGAAUUGGAGACCAGUUUGUAAUUGUUCCAGUUAAAAGUGAAAACCCUUCAUAUGGCAUCUCAUUGUCUCAGUUUUCUCAUUUCCAACACAAAAGACAGUAACAGAUGUAGAACCCUUUGAGCCCCUGCUUCUUUAAAAAAAUAAAAAUGAACAUACUGCUGAAGCCUUAUACAUUUCUAUCUUCAGAACUGUAGCAGCUGAUUAUGACUACGGACAACAGAUCUUUCUUAAACCGCUGCUUUUUAGUAAUCUGACAAAAUGAUUGAAAUUCCCAUAGUGGACUAAAAUUCCAAAUUUAUAUGAGCAGGAAAUCCUGGAAUGGGUCGUGCACAGUCGCAGUUGUAGAUUGAAAGAAAAUUAAUUGACCCAUUGCCCCAACUUGAGUUACUCCAGUGUGCAGUCUAUGUAAAUGUAGUCUUUAGAUAUAUUUCCAUAAACAAAAAUACCUGUGCAGGUCAGCCAAAUGAUGUGUAACAUAAGCACCCUCUGUACUCAACAUUUAUUAAAAGCAGUUUCUAAGAAG